AUGGUCAAUCGCAGACCGACUGCCGCCGACGAUGUGAAGCGGCCUGCCAAACGUAUCAAGCAGGAACAUGCCCCCGACACGGACUCGCCUGAGGACAUCGAACUCGCCCCGCCCGACAUCGACCAGCACAAAGCCACCGAUCUCGAAACCGCUCUCCCUCGCAUUGAUACCGACAAAGACGCCAUCAAGGCCUACGAAGCCACUCGUGCUGCCGAGUACGCUGAAUCUACAGCAGAUCAGCCCAAAUGGAUUCCCGGACAACGCUCAAUUUACGUCGACGCCUUCAAUCUAGCCCUUGAUACUGUGCUCGACGACGAGAGUCAUCUAUUUGAUGACGCCGAAAAGAAAGUCUUUGAUACUUGGCGUGAACUGAGUUACGAGGCUCAAUACCUCUAUGUCCGUCUAUUCCUACGCAAGACAUCUGCCUGGCAUCGUGUCAAUCGUCUUGGCUAUCACAGUGAUAUUUCCGACCUUUCUAAAGCUGUCGAGACAUUGCAGAUUUCCUGUGACCUUCCACCUCCUACCGCAGAAUCCCUUCCUGUGCCUCAAGAUUUCGACCAGCCCGACGAUGCUCGCCUGGGACAUUCCUUCACCUUUGCCGACAGGUCAGAAGAACACAUUACUACCUUAGAGGAAGCUUCAUCACUCCUUCUUUUGGACGAGUUGAAAUCCCUAGCUAAAGAUGCCAAGGUUCAAGGCAAGACCAAAAGAGAGUUGCUGAAAGCUUUGAGGAAGGCAAGUGGGAAACAAGCCGGGUUAGGCUGGUCUUUGCUCAAGCGGUCUGACACGGAAGAGUCCACUAUUUCUGUGGCAGAUGAUGAUGGUGAUGAUAGUCGAGAAGGCACUCCUCUGCAGAACCGAGACUCUCACUUUCUCGAGAAGAUCAUGGCAGAGACAGGUCCUUGCAUCCGACUUUCAGAUCCUGCACGGAGACUGUUCGAACGUGUUCAUCUCGUCUUCUAUCGUUCCACCAUGUGGACGGAGAAGUCUUUGACAACCAUCAUACUUGCCAAGAUUUCACGUCUCAAUUUCCCGGAAUAUCUUGUGUGCCGCUCGUCCAACAUAUUUGCGUCCAGGCCCAUGUUGCUGGAGUUCGAAGCCUCAUUGAGAAUACAGUUCUAUCUCGACAGUGUCCUUGAGUUUAACGGCACACCAAGUAAGGAGAGCUUGGACACGAUCCUCGACCUCUGUGAUCAGAUCCUUCCGCGAUGGAGAGAAUUGCUGCAAGAGGAACAACGAAAAGAAGACAGCAUCUAUAUGACUGGCGAGGGUGCUUACUUGCGACGGCUUUCUCCUGCAUGGGUCUAUACGCGCAUCAUACACAAAGGUGCGUAUGUCAUGGGUAAAUUCAAGGACCACAAGCGUGAAUAUGAGACUCUACAAGAGUUACUCGGGCAGAAACUUUUCCACACUUCCAGACGAGGUGACUGGUAUCAGCGAAAAGCUCUGCUAGAAGAGCAUUACAUGCAUGCUUUGAUGCCAGCCCAAGGCCGUGGCGAAGAAGCUCAAAAGAAACACUGGAAACGUGUUUCUCUUCGAACCUGUGAGGCAGGUCUUCAAGACCGUCUAGUGCAUCUAAUGUAUCAUCAUGACCUUCAGAAACGAGUCAUGAAGCUGGAGAAAGCACUUCGCGUGCCAAUGCGAGGGCAACAUGACUUCAGCCACGUUCGGCUAGCGAAACCUGUUGAACGUGUUUUCUAUGGCACCAGGAUACAGCGACCUGAACAACCCAACGAGACGAGAAGGGGAGGCAAGACCAUCUGGAUCGACCCCGGAGAGAAUGAAAAUGAAGGUGAAUGCUCAGUGGAAGCAAUGUGUCUUUCGCAAUACCGCUCGCUUGGCUACAGAGGAUACCAUGCAGAGGGUGGCAUCGUACGGACGUUGUUCGCUUACCUCUUCUUUGAUGUGCUCUUCGUCUACAUUCCGGAUGUGUUCCAGACGCCUUACCAGACAUGUCCUCUAGACUUGCACACCGAUGCAUUCUACCCCUCGCGCAUAUCGGAGAUCAAUCAGCGCCUGAACGAGAUCAAUAAUGGAGAGGCACGCAAACUGAUUCAGCGAGUGUGGGACGACCAUCACGAGAGAGAAACGUGUGUCGUGGGAUUGAGUUGGUCUUAUGAGCUGGAAGAUCUUCUUUCCAUCGCCAAUUGUUUCCCUCCUGCAGCUCUAAGUACCGUGUGCAAAGUCAUGGCACAAGAAUAUGGACAAAGAGGAGGUGGUGUGCCCGACCUCUUUCUCUGGAAAGAGAAUCCCGACACGGGCGGAGGAGAGGUCAUGUUCGCUGAAGUCAAAAGUGAAAAUGAUCGUUUGAGCGACACGCAACGCUUGUGGAUAGACGUGCUCACAGGCGCGGGUGUCACGGUCGAGUUGUGCAACGCUGUUGCUAAGGAAGUAAAAGUGGUUGGUUAG